AUGAUGGGUAAGAAAGACGACCGGGACCGGCGGACGAGGAGCGGCAAUCGGAGAGACGGAACGCCUAACCGGGGUGCCACCGGAGACACGCCACCAAGCGAGCUGGGUGGGCAGCCAAAUCAGGAAUUGGCUUUUAGGGCUGCACUGUUGUAUUUCGGACUUUUAGUUUCGAAUGCUUUUGGUAGUCUUAUGGCCACUGGCAUACUUAGUGGUAUGCAAGGAAAAAGAGGGAUUACCGCUUGGAGAUGGUUGUUCUUUAUCGAGGGAGCAAUUACCAUUGUCAUCGGAAUCCUAGCCAUCUGGCUAUUCCCCGACUACCCACAUAAUACGCGUUGGAUCAAAGGAUCCCAACGGCGUUUGGCGCAAGCCCGGCUUUCGGAGGAUGCAGCCGAGGCAGACGAAGACGGUGCAAACGAUUCUGCUUUUGCCGGUUUGAUCAUGGCACUCAAAGAUCCCAAAGUGCCGAUUCUGGCCGUGAUGACUUGCUCCCAGUUGUUAGGCCUCAGUUUUGUCAACUUUUUCCCGACAUUGACCGCUACGCUUGGAUAUAAUACCACCAUAUCGCUUCUUCUUGCCGCUCCGCCCUGGAUCCUUGCUGCCAUCAUUUGUCUCCUUAACGCUUGGCAUGCCGAAAAGACGGGCGAACGGUUCUUCCAUAUUGCCGGAUGGUGGUGGGUCGUCAUUGUCGCAUAUAUAAUCGCAUUGAGCACCAUGGCCACCGCGGGGCGGUAUGUGAGUAUGUUCUUGAUGGCGAGUGGAUAUGCUGGAUUCGCUCUGACACUUGUGUGGGUGAGCAAUGCCAUCCCUCGUCCUCCUGCAAAACGAGCUGCAGCAAUCGGAAUCGUCAACGGCUUCGGCAAUAUUGGAAACCUCAUUGGGUCUUUUGCUUGGAAGGUCCAGUGGAGUCCUAAAUAUCAUCAGUCGAUGAUUAUUGGCAUCGCGACACUUGCAUUCAGCAGCGCCUUGGCAUUUGUCAUCCGAACGAUGCUAAUUCGUGCGAACCGUAAGAUGGACCAGCAAGAUAUGGAUGCACUUCAGAAUCAAGGGGAUGCUGAACGUGUACGUGAAGCUGCAAGAUUGGAGGGGAUCACGGUCGAAGAGGCUAUUAGGAGGCGGAGAGGGUUUAGAUAUUUGCAUUAA